UUGGCUUCCUUCUGUCAGUGAGUCAAACAAAAUGAAGUCUACUUUUCUUUAUGAAAUGGCCAUGAAAGAAUGGUAGUUGUCAGUUCAUGGCAGUACUAAAGGGUCCCUCCCUUUGCUCAGAGAUUCAUAGUUUCUAAGAGUGAGAAACAGGGAAUUGCUGAAAUAAGAAAGAACAAGAAUGGAAAGGAAAGAGAGAGAUGAUGAAGGUGAAGCUAAUGUGGUGGUAUUUCCAUUUCCAGUGCAAGGUCACAUAAACCCAAUGCUCCAAUUUGCCAAACGCUUAGCUUCAAAAGGUGCCAAAGUAACCUUCAUUACCACCAACUCCCAGCAGACCAAGCCCAUGCAAGUUCCAUCAACCUCCAUUAACACCCAGGCCAUUGAAUUCCCAGAAGGUGAUAAAGCAAAUGGAACAGAGGAAUUUGUUCAUCUUUUCAAAACCCUUGUCUCAAAAAGACUAGCCAAUCUCAUUGAACACCAAAUUUCCUCGUCUUCUCAUCCUCCUAGAGCACUGGUCUAUGAUUCCUUUCUACCAUGGGCUUUAGAUGUGGCUAAACAAUUUGGUCUUCAUGGAGCAUCGUUUUUCACCCAAUCUUGGUCUAAUAGUUCCAUUUAUUUUCAUUUAAAUCAAGGAACUUUGAAGGUUCCUUUAGAAGAGAAUACUAUUGUUUCAUUGCCUUCGAUGCCGGUAUUGGGGAUCAAUGAUCUUCCAUCGUUUGUUUCUGAUACUAGAUCUUACCCAACUCUGCUGAAGAUGGUUAUAGAUCGGUUCUCCAAUUUUGAGGAAGCCGAUUGGCUUUUUUGCAACACUUUUGUUGAGCUAGAAAAUGAGAUAAUCAACUGGAUGUCAAGCAAGUGGCCUAUCAAGACUGUUGGCCCUGCAAUUCCAUCCAUGUAUCUAGACAAACGAGUGAAAGAUGACAAUGAUUAUGGCCUCCAACUUUUCAAACCCGAGAGUGACCUUUGCAUUAAGUGGUUAGACUCAAAAGAAACUGGCUCAGUUGUCUAUGUAUCAUUUGGAAGCUUAGCUGGUUUGACAGAGGAGCAAAUGCUGGAACUAGCCUUGGGGCUGAAGAGGAGCAACAGAUGCUUCUUGUGGGUAGUUAGAGAAACAGAACAGAAAAAGCUUCCAAGCAACUUCAUAGAAGAAACAUCAGAGAAAGGGUUGGUAGUUUCAUGGAGUCCUCAAUUAGAUGUUCUAGUUCACAGGGCAGUGGGUUGUUUCAUGACUCACUGUGGGUGGAACUCAACGCUUGAGGCAUUGAGCUUAGGGGUGCCUAUGAUUGCUAUGCCGCAAUGGACAGAUCAACCAACUAAUGCAAAGUUUAUUACUGAUGUAUGGGAAGUGGGAAUCAGAGUUAGCAAGGAUGAAAAAGGAAUCAUCAGAAAGGAGGAGAUAGAACGGUGUAUAAAGGAAAUUAUGGAAGGAGAGAAAAGCUUGGAUAUCAAAACCAAUUCAGAGAAAUGGAAGAAAAUAGCCAAAGCUGCAGUUGAUGAAGGAGGAAGCUCUGACAAGAAUAUAGACGAAUUUGUGGCAAAAAUUACAUGCAAUUAGCAUUAUAUUAUCUCAUGAUGUUAAUAGCUGCACUGCCUGCCUGUGUUUCUUUAGCCUGCUACAAGAAUUGAAUAGUUGGAUGAAGACUUGAACUUAAUAAAUCUAACUAGGUAUGCAAGUAAACCCAGGAUAUAUACAGAAAAAAAGAAAAAGAGAAUGUCCAUUUUAUCUAUAGGGAGGAAAGAAGCAGAGCUGGAAAUGAAAUUAAUUGUUGUGUUUCUUUUUUAUAAUUUAACAAAGAUGCUAGUUGACAUCCUAAUAAAAUGUUAUUCAAAAUUAGAGUGAUGUAAAGAGGUCAUUUACUGCCAAUAACAGUGUGAUCUAUUUAUAGAAUUUAAAAUUUUAAUUCUAGUGAUCAUGUUAAUCCUUGAAAACAUCAAACACACAAUAAUAAUAAAAAAAGCCAGUUACUUUGUCUUCGAGGCAGGCAGCAAGCAUUUUUGCAGUCAACAUUAAGUAAUUAAUUAGAUAAUAGUAUUAAUGAAGAACAUCAACAACAACAACAAAGAAAACCCGCAGC